UGUGUGUGUGCCUGCCGUGUGUUUGGCUGUUUGAUUGCUCUGGCUGGCUGGCUGGCUGGCUUACUCCCAUAGUUGUUGUGUGUUGUUUUUGUUCAAUGGGGUUGUGUAAGCUGCGUUAAUGUUCGAUUUGUUUAGUCAUCAGUUGAAUUCGUGACAGGCAACAUCUCAUUAGAUUAACGUUGCGCUGUCUAUCGGUUUUUUUGUAGUAAAUAAUCAAAUCAGAUCACACAAAAAACAACCAAACUCACACACACACAUAACAACAACAAAAAAACAAAACACACAUGUAAUAGCCAAGAAAUUUUCAAAAAUUAUUGGAAAAUUCAAAAUAAAAAAAAUAAUAUUGAAAAAAAAAAUUCUAACUGAAAAAAAAUCAUGGAUUAAUUCUGAAAUUAAAAAAAUAAAAUAAAAAAUAAAUGCCUAGACGGAAUACUUAUUUUAAAACCAAGUGGAACAAAAAUAACAACAACAACAUAAAACAUAAACAAAACAAGUGUUUACUGUGCUGAAAAUCUUGCCAACAACAACAAAACAAGUGUUUUGCGAAAAAAAAUCAAACCAAAAAAAUAUGGAAAUUUGAAAACCCCCCCAAAAUCAAAACAGAGUGUUAAGAAAAAAUUUUAAAAUUUAAAAAAAGAAAAUUAAAGAAAAAUGCUGUAAUUUUGAAAAAAAAUAUCAAUUCCUUGGAAAAAAAAUCUGACAACAACUCAAUGGCCAAAAUUAAAUUCAAAUUCAAAUUUGUGUUAGAAAAUAUGGUUUUGUGUUGAUAUUGAAGAGCAUUAAAAAAUAUUUAGUUUCAAAACCUGCCGAAUUAUUGGAAAAGUGUUUUAAGAACAAAACAGACAAACUGGAAUCUAUAACAGGAAAAACGUUGCUCUCCACAACAACAACAACAACAGCAACAACAUUAAGCCACCGCCCUAACAGUAGUGGUCCAUUGACAAGCGCCACGGCUGCUGGCCCCCCAAACACCUUCAUCAACACCAUCACCUCAUCUCCAUCAUCAUCAUCAACGUCAUCCAAGCCAUUGGCAUUUGCAUCAUCCGCAAGUGAAUCAAAACCAGCCGCAACCUCCCCCACAACAGCCUUAUCACCUGUGGCCGCUAAUCCAAUUAUCAGCUCCAACACCACCAUUACCACCACGGCUACCUCGACCAGCUCCAGCUCCAUCAAUAUUGAUCCAAUAGCUGUUGAGGCCUCCUCGAACCAAAGCAACCGAAUGCAGCCAACAUUGCCACAAACAGCCGGUACAGCCGAUAUGGAUUUGACGGCUGUACAAUCAAUGGAUUGGUUUUUCAAAAAGGAACAAAUUUAUUUAUUGGCACAAUUUUGGCAACAGAGAGCUACCUUGGCUGAAAAGGAAGUCAACACGCUAAAGGAACAACUGUCCACCAACACCCCCAACACCGACACCAACAGCGAAACCGACAACAACUUGGACUUGUCUCUGGUCGCUACCUCAACAGCAGCUAACAACAACAGUACGAGUAGUUGUAGUAACAACACAGAGGGCACCACCGCCGCUGCAACAGGUCACGACGGCAGCAGCUCAGCCAACGAUAUCCCACCAAACAGUAGUCGCCUAUCGCCCACAUUCGAUAGCCAUAACACAAAAUUGCUAAACAGUGUGGCAGCAGCCAUAACCCUGCAUCAGAACGGUGGUAAUCUAUUGGCCACCACGCCAUCACCCUCACCCCCGUUGUCGGACAGUGGGGCCCAGCCACUGAACGGCUGUCUCAAUCCGAAAUUGUUUUUCAAUCACGCCCAACAGGUUAUGAUGAUGGAAGCUGCUGCUGCAGCAGCCGCCGCAGCUGCAGCUGCUGUGCAACAGCAACAAUCGCCAAUGCACUCGCCGCAACCGGCUCAGAUUAGCGUUGAGGCCGAUGAAGAAAUGCAACAACCCACCAACAAUAAUAACAACAACAACAGCAAUCACAAAACAAAGGAUGCCCCCAACAUGGCUGCCUUAGAUAAGGUGACUGUCAGCGAUACUCAGGCCGAAGGUGUUGUGGAUGAUGACAACGAAGACGACGAUGACAACGUAGAAGAAAGAGGAGCAACAGAAACGGAAAAAGACAACAUUAAUAAUAAUCGUAGAAGUCCAAAUCCCAACAAUGGCGCAACGGAAAUGGAAGCCACGGGAGUAGAGGAUGAAACGGAGGCCAAUAAUGCCGCCAGCGAUUGUCCAACAUCGAUAAAUAAUAAUAAUAACAAUAAAAAUAUCAAUAGUUUUAAUAGUGAUAAUAAACAUAGUUUAAAUGCCAGUUGUACGGAAACGGAAAAGACAAAUGCCACCAAUGCUAAUAGCACCUCGACCACCACAAACCCCCUCACUCACCCCAACAGCAUUAGUGCCACAAAUCUGUUGUUGGAUAUGGAUGUAGCCAGUAGAGGGUCCUCCUCGUUUAUGGAUUCGAAACAUUCAGAUUUUGUAGCUGCCAAAGAAAAAGAGAUUAAAGCCUUAUUUGAAGAAGUUAAACGUUUAAGAGCCAUCGAACAAUCCCAUUUGGUACAAAUUCAUCGUCUCGAGGAGCAUUUGGAAGCCAAACGCCAGCACAUCGAACGUUUGGAAGCCAAACUGGAUAAGGACCAAAUUAACGAAGCUUUACAGGAGGCAAUUAAAUCGCAACAACAAAUGGAAACCACGAAAACCGCCGCCGAAAGUAGUAGCGCCCCAGUGGCGCAAAUGGUCAUCGACGAUGAGGACGAUGAUGACGAUGUCGAUGACAUCGAUAGAGAACAACACAUUCAUGAGGAGGAAAAAGUUGAGGGAACGGAAAAUAAUAACUGUGAUGAGGAAGAUGACGCUGACAAUGACGGCGACGAUGAGGAUUUGGACAAGGAAAACAACAACGACAAUGAACAAAAUCAAAAUGCCAACAAUUCGGAGAACGACAAGGAUUUCAUCAAAGUCAAAAAGGAAACACAAUCACCCCUUUCACUGGAUUCCAUUAGCCAACAGAAUGCCAUUGCCGCUGCUGCCGCCGCUGCAGCUGCCUGCAAUAAUGAUCCCAAUAAAUUCCAAGAAUUACUCAUGGAACGUACCAAGGCCCUGGUGGCAGCCGAGGCUCUGAAGAACUCUGAAGAGCAAGCUUUAGAAAAAAGCCGGGAUGAUGAAAACCUUAGCUUACAGCCCACAACAUCAUCAUCAGCUUCAUCCAAUACUUCUUCAGAUCGACUUCAAGUCAACAACCAGACAAUCCCACAAUCAAUAGAUAAUGCCAACGUAGAUGAGUCCAAACAGGAAGCCUCAAAAGUGCCAAAAAUAGAAAUUUUAGAUGAUGAGGAAGAAGAGGGGGAGGAGGAGCAAAAAGAAAAAUCCGUUUCAUUUGCUUCCAAAGAGUCUAUCAUCAAUUUGGAAGAUGAAGACAAAGCCAAUGGCGGCGAGGAGGAUGACUCCCAGAAUUUUAAACAAAAUGUUGAACGUUUCGGCUCGUUGUUGGGUGAGGAACUGGUGAAUAGUUACUGGCGUAAUCGGGGGGCCUAUCACCAGCAUUAUCAUCAGAAUCAACAGCAACAACAACAACAACAACAGCAAAUGGCCACCGCAACCCCCCACCCACAUUCUUCACAUCCAUUAAUGAUAACUCAAAAUGCCGUCCAACAGCAUUACCACCAACAGCAACAACAACAACAGCAACAGGCCACAACAACUUCCACCUCCUCUUCUGCUCUAAUGCAUGCGGGUUCCACACCCCCCUGUGGCCCCUCGUCCACAACUUUGCUUAGUCAAUUAGUUAAUUCCACAUUUUCCACACCCACACCCACCACCUCUGCAACUCAAAAUUCCUCUUUACGUUCAACAGAUGCCCACUAUCCGGCGCCCCAACACCAUCAUCAUCACCACCACCAUCUGCAAAUGCCUCCCCAUCUGGGCGGGGAUCAUCACGACAAAUCGGCAGCAACCGGCAAUCACCAUCAUCAUCAUCCCGAUUCGACCGCGUCCAAUGCCAGUACCCCCAACUUGCAAGAUCAACGUUCGGAGGAUCACUACCAACACCACCAGUCGCUGUCCCUCAAUGGUUCCCUCAAGAACUACGAAGACAACAACAACAGCCCAGCCAACAAUCAUCCUCUGGGCGGCCACAGCCAUGGCCUGCCCCAUGGUUUCUUGCCCGGUCUACCAUUCCAGUUUCAAGAUCGUGGCCAUUUCCGUUUUGCCGACGAUCUGAAACUUCCACCCGGCACCUCGAUGGCCGGCCGUUUGGGUGAAUCACUGAUACCCAAAGGUGAUCCCAUGGAAGCCAAACUCCAAGAGAUGUUACGCUACAACAUGGACAAAUAUGCCAAUCAGGCACUGGACACAUUGCAUAUCUCAAGGCGUGUGAGAGAAUUGCUGUCCGUGCACAACAUUGGCCAGAGAAUUUUUGCCAAAUAUAUUUUGGGUCUGUCACAGGGUACCGUUUCCGAGUUGCUCUCCAAGCCCAAGCCAUGGGAUAAGUUGACCGAAAAGGGACGUGACAGCUAUCGUAAAAUGCAUGCCUGGUCAUGUGAUGAUAAUGCGGUGAUGCUUCUCAAAUCGUUGAUACCCAAGAAAGAUUCCGGCUUGCCGCCCUAUGGUGCAGGACGUGAUGAUUCCAUGUCAGAUGAUCGCAUUGCUCACAUUUUAAAUGAGGCCUCUUCGCUUAUGAAGGGCAGCCCCGGAUCAAUGCAGCAACGUGGCUCUUCAUUGCAAGAAGAUUCGCACAGCAAUGAGGAUUCCAAGUCACCACAUCAACCCUGCUCUUCGCCGUUCUACAGGGACAGCCUGAAGUCACAAAUGGAAACAAGUUUACCGGCCCCUGGCCAUUUGAGGCCAGACGAGGUGAAUCCCGAGAAAAUGGCACGCCUCUACCAGGAGAUUAUGGCUCGGGCUCCCCGGGAAGCUUUUCCAGGUUUUUUGCUUUCUCCCUUUUUCAGUGGCGGUUUGCCCACAGGCAUGGCUGGCAAUGCCUUCCCCGGCCUGGCAGCUGACGAGAACAUGCGUUUGGCCUUUGAACGGGAAAUGAACAAAUUGCAGCAACAGCAGCAGCAGCAACAACAACACUCGCAACCUCCCAACUUUGCCAAUUUCUCUAGUCUGAUGGCCCUGCAACAGCAAAUGUUGAAUGGCGCCCAAGACCUGACUCUGGGCUGCAAAGAUGAUGUGCCCAAUCCCUCAUCCCAGAACAAGGAUUCCAAGCUGAAUGGCCAACGUCAUUCCUUUGAUGGCUCAUCACAGAAUUCCCUUAGCAAUGCUGGGCUUGCCUCAGCCGCCGCCGGCCAGUCUUCUACAACACCCAAUGCCAAAGAUAUUUCAACCUCCGAGGGGGAACGUCUCUAUUCGGGUAUGGUGAAAAAUGAGCAGGGCAACAAGACCCCUGCACCACCGCUUUCCAGCAAUGCUUCCACGACCAACACCAACUCCGCAGCACCCAGCCCCCUUAGCAAUUCCAUACUCCCGCCAGCAAUGACACCCAACGAUGAUUUUGGAGCCACCGCCAGUCCAUUGCAGCGCAUGGCCUCCAUUACCAAUUCCCUGAUUACUCAGCCGCCCGUACCACCUCACCAUCAGCCCCAGCAACGUCCCACCAAGGCCGUCUUGCCGCCCAUUACCCAGCAACAGUUCGACAUGUUCAACAACUUGAAUACCGAGGAGAUUGUGCGUCGCGUCAAGGAAGCCCUUUCGCAGUAUUCGAUUUCCCAGCGCCUGUUUGGAGAAUCGGUUUUGGGUCUGUCCCAGGGUUCAGUAUCAGACCUACUGGCCCGCCCCAAGCCCUGGCACAUGCUCACCCAAAAGGGCCGUGAACCCUUCAUCCGCAUGAAAAUGUUCUUGGAGGAUGACAAUGCGGUUCACAAACUGGUUGCCUCCCAAUAUAAAAUUGCCCCCGAGAAGCUGAUGAGAACUGGCAACUAUGCCGGUGGGCCACAAAUUCCCCCAGGAUUGGUGGGUAAGAUUCCUCCCUCCAUGCCCAUGCAGAAAAUGAUGAGCGAACUGAAGCUGCAGGAACCGGCUCACAUUAUGCAGCAAAUGCAGGCUGCUGCCGUUAUGUCUGCCGCCAUGCAGCAGCAUCAACAACAGCAACAACAAGCUGCCGCCGCUGCGGUGCAACAAAGCCAACAGGCUGCCGCUGCCCAGGCAGCUGUGCAAGCAGCCCAAGCUGCAGCUGCUGCCCAGGCCGCUGCCCAGCAACAUCAUCAAAGUAUGCUGCUCACCUCACCGGGCCUGCCACCCCAACAUGCUAUACCACUUCCUGCCGCCACCUCCAAUCCCACAUCGGGCGCCAGUACCCCAGCUGGCCAGAGCUCCGAAAAGAAACAGCCCAUGAUGAUGCCCAUCCACUCGCCCCACCAAGCCAAUGCCAUGCGCAACAUGCACCAACACAUGUCACCCACCGUCUAUGAAAUGGCUGCCCUCACCCAGGAUUUGGACACCCAAGUCAUUACCACAAAAAUCAAGGAGGCCUUGCUCACCAACAACAUUGGCCAGAAGAUAUUCGGAGAAGCCGUUUUGGGUUUGUCUCAGGGUUCGGUGUCCGAAUUGCUCAGUAAGCCCAAACCCUGGCACAUGUUGUCCAUCAAGGGUCGGGAACCCUUCAUUCGCAUGCAGCUAUGGCUGUCCGAUGCUAACAAUGUGGAUCGCCUGCAGGCCUUGAAAAAUGAGCGCCGGGAGGCCUCGAAACGCCGACGUUCCACGGGACCCAAUCAACAGGACAACAGCUCCGACACCUCCAGCAAUGAUACCAAUGACUUCUACACCAGCAGCCCGGGACCGGGUUCGGUGGGCAGUGCCGGAGCCCCUCCCAAUAAGAAGCAAAGGGUACUCUUCUCCGAGGAACAGAAGGAGGCCUUGCGCCUGGCAUUCGCCCUGGAUCCCUAUCCCAAUGUGGGCACCAUUGAAUUCCUGGCCAAUGAAUUGAAUUUGGCCACGCGCACCAUCACCAAUUGGUUCCACAAUCAUCGCAUGCGUUUGAAGCAGCAAGUGCCCCAUGGCCCACCUGGCCAGGAGACCAACAUACCCACAAGAGAGAAUACCAAUUCCACACCAUUUGAUCCCGUCCAGUUUAGAAUUUUGUUGCAGCAGAGAUUGCUGGAACUGCAAAAGGAACGCAUGGGCUUGGGAGGCAACAAUACCCUGCCCUACCCACCCUACUUUGCUGCGGCCGCCUUGCUGGGCAGAAGUUUGGCUGGCAUGCCAGGAGCAGCCGGUGGUGCUGCCCCCAAUGAGGCCGAGUUGAGGGCAUUGAAUCAAAAAUUCCAAGAACAAAUGGCCGGCUUAGAUUUGUCCAUGAGCUCGCUGAAACGUGAGCGCAGUGAUGACUUCGAUGAUGAUCUGGACGAUGGCCAUAUGAGUGAGAAUGAGAACGAUUCGCUGGAUGGUGAGACAGAAAAGUCGGGAGAGUUUAAGGCCCUUAGCAAUCAUGCCCAACAGUUUUUGAACAACAUGCGUUUGAAUCGUCGUAAACCUGCCGCACCACAAUGGGUUAAUCCUGCCGUGCCCUCGGGCCAAGUGGCCGGCCAAAGUGGAGAAUCUGCCACAGAGCGCCUGCUAAAUGGUGAGGAAUCAUCGACCAGCCACCACCACCACCAACAGCAGCAUGAGGAGGAUAUGGAACAAAACCAACGAGAGGAAGAAGCUGGAGAUGCACCCCAUCAUUUGGUCAUGGAACCAGAGGUAUUAAUCAAACAAGAAAAAGAAGACUGUGAAAGUGAUAGCCUAAAGGAGGGCAAUGAGGGAAUGGCCAGAAGCCAAGACGAAGAUGUGGCCUCGGCCUCAGUAACAUCAGCAGCAGCAGCAGCAGCAGUCACGAAUGCCUCAGCGUGGAAUUAUUAGGUCCGGGAGCGAGAGAGCAUGUGAUAUGGCAACUGCUUGGCCAACUGAGCAGAGAGAAUAUCAUUAGGUCUCCUUUUACUCUUGCUGGAUACUCUUUGCUCAUCUGGGCCCCCAAACAACCAAAGAUUAAACCCAGAGAGGCAAAUGAUUUUACAGUGAGUAAAAGAGUUCCCGGCCGAGAGAGAGAGAGAGAGAGCUGUAAUAAUUAAAUUAACAACCUACCCAGAGAAAGAGUGCAAUGAGAAACAAAUCUCUGAUAUAGCCCCCCAAAAACAAAAAUUAAAAAUAAAUCCAAAUUAUUUUCUGUUGUGAUUAAGUUUGUAAAGAGAGCGGGCAAGAGCCUUGGCUCUCCCCUUGUAAAUAGUAGAGGUAUUAAGAGAAAAAGAAAAAUGGAGUUAAGGCCUCAUUGCCCCUCUCCUGCUUCAAAACAAAUGAGUAUUAUCCAUUGAUUUCUAAGUUUUAGUUGAUAAAUCAAGACUGUAUUUGAUAAGUUUCAAAGAUUUAUAAUUUUUUUUUAAAUUUUAUUUUAAUAUUUAUAUUGUAAAUACUAUUUUUUUUUUUUUAAUUUUUAAUGUAUAUAAAGCAAGCGAAAACAAACAAAUAAUGCAUGAAAGAGAAACAAUGAUUUAACUUCCUUUUUGAUCUCAAAAAAAAAAUUAAGAAAAAAAAAACAACAAACAAAAAUAACGAUGACUUUUUAUAAUAAAACAAAAAAAAACAAAAAUUAUUAAAAUUCAAAAAAAGGUAGUUAAACCAUGAGAAAAAAAUUAAAAAAAAGAAUCUCUUUUUUUCUAAUCCCACGUUGGGCGCCACAUACACAAUAAAUAAAAAAAUAUAUUAAAUAUAUAAAAAUAAAUUAAAAAAAAAACAUUAUAAUAUUAAAUGUAGAUGAAUUCUUCUUAAACAUAAAACAAUAAUAAAAGAAAUAAAACUUAAAAUAUAGAAAUUAAAAAUAUAAAAAAAAUUAAAAAUAAAAAAUCCCCUCUUUAGCAUAUCGUUUAUUCUUAAAUAAUAAAGUAAAAAAGAAAAUAAAAUUUAAAAAACAACCUUCAAUAAGUUUUCCAAUACCUAAUUAUAAAACAAAUGAUGAGACAUGCAUACAUACAUACCUACAAGAAAGAAAUCCUAAGUUUUCCUAAUUAUUUAUAAAUUAAAAAAAAAUAAUCUUAAGUAAAAAUAAACCCACAAACUCCCAUUGUAAAUAGAUUUUAUAAUUUUAAGCCAAACACAGUUAUUAAUUAAUUAAUUAUUAUUA